AUGAAAUCUUGUCGUGCGCUUGUACAAGGGUCUGUUGAUUCACCACUCUGGCUUACGACCACUUUGGUCGAUGUUGUCAAUGAUCAGGCAGCCAAGUUUGGCUCAAAGGAUAUUGCUGUUUUUCCAUGGCAGGGCGUUCGAAUCUCUUUUUCUCGACUUGCAGAGCGGGGCAGACUGGUAGCAAGGGCUUUACUCGGCUCCGGGGUUCAACGAUCUGACUGUGUUGCCAUUUUGGCUGGAAAUCGUUUUGAAUAUCUUGAAGUUGUUGUUGGGGGUGCCUUGAUCGGAUGCUCGGUUCUAGUACUCCAUACCACAUACAAACCCUGGGAGCUAUACAAUGCGUUGGAGAAGUCAAAGCAACGUGUUAAAGAAGCCUGCGUUCUAUUUCUUGCUUCCAACAUAGGAUCUCGUAGCAUGUAUGAGCACUACAAGUUAUUGAACUCGACAGCAACGCGCUCUUCUCUAUUAAACUUGAGUCGAGUCAUUACGCUUGGUCAUGAGCCCUGCGUCGAACUAUUGAUGUUAAGCGAAGGUUAUGAGGCCUUUCUCUCGACGGCUGUCGUGUCAGAUAGUCUAUACGACGCGGCUACAAAGUCAGUUCAACCUUCGGAUAUCGCCAGUUUGCAGUUUACAUCUGGUUUAUGCAUGCUGAGCAUAAAUAGGCACAACUGGCGCAGCAAAGGCAUCAAUGCUAAUGCAUAUUUCUGCAGUAAUAUUCUCAACAAUGCACGCUUUGUUGGUGAGAACCUCCAACUAAAACCGAAUGACAUAAUCUGCUGUCCCCCACCUCUAUUUCACUGUUUUGGACUAGUUAUGGGCUUCCUCGCAUCAUUAAUUCACGGCUGUAUGAUUGUGUUUCCAUCAGACCAUUUUGACGCCAAAAUCGUCCUAGACUCAAUCGUGUCCGAAAAAUGCACUACCGUCUACGGCGUACCAACAAUGUUCAUCGCCGAGCUCGAAGCCAGCCAGACCUAUAAUCGCACCAUCAGCACACUCCGCAAAGGCCUAGCUGCAGGCUCAACGAUCCCACAAGCCCUAAUGAGCAAACUCAAAGAGAAAAUGGGUAUUGAGACAAUGUUGAUCGCGUACGGUAUGACCGAGACGAGUCCUGUGACGUUUAUGUCUAGUUUUGAAGAUCCUGUCGAGAUGCGGGUUGCAACUGUUGGUAAGGUCAUGCCGCAUACUGCAGCGAAGGUAGUGGACAGGAUUGGUCGGAUACUGCGUGUAGGGGAGAGGGGGGAGCUUUGUUCAUCGGGUUAUGCGUUGCAGAAAGGGUAUCUGGAUGAUGAGGAGAAGACUGAUGAUGUUAUGAAGAAGGAUGAAAAUGGGGUUUUGUGGAUGCAUACCGGUGAUGAAGGGAUGAUCGAUGAUCUUAGAUACUGCCAUAUCACAGGGCGGAUCAAGGAUAUCAUCAUUCGUGGCGGGGAAAAUAUCUUCCCUGCUGAGAUUGAAGAGCGACUACUCGCCCAUCCCUCCAUCGCGGAAGUAUGUGUGGUCGGGACACCAGACCCCAAAUAUGGCGAGGUUGUCGGUUGUUUUCUAAAAGAGUCAGAGGGGGCUGUUUGCAGGCCUGGGUUACAGGAGAUACAUAAUUGGGUGAUGCCUACCAUGGGGUGGUCUCGAACUCCCCAGGUUGUCUUUUGGGUUGGCCCUGAUGGAUUAUGUCUUGAUUUUCCUAAGACGGGUAGUGGCAAGCAUCAGAAGCAUUUGUUAAGAGAGUUGGCUGCUAGCCAUUGCAGGAGUUGUUCUGUUGGUAUCGGUGAUGGGGUGUAG